UCCCUGGAAGGAGCGCGUGGCAAAUGUUAGCGCGUGGUGGCCGGUGGGCUCGGGAGUUGCUCUUUUGCAGGGGUCGGGGGCUAAGCGCUUGGCUGCGUUGCAAGUUCUGCAAGCCGGUCUGGUGCCUCUUUCUCGGAAGGAAGCGCCACUGAUCUAAAUGGGGCUCGCUUCCAAGAAAGGGCACCCAGCGACGUUGCGUUCCUAAAGAACUAGCCUGGGGAGUGAUCGUUAAAACCAGCUGUUUUCUCGUUUCCUUUAGAGCUCUCUCUACAUAGGCGUUAAAAAAUGUUAUCCCCCACCCAGGAACAGCAACGGACCCAGACUAAAUAUGAAGAGGAAUAGUAACCGGAUUGGCUGCUAAUUGAAGAAGUCGGAGAAUCAUCUAUUCAUCCCUCACAUUCUGCACCCUGUCUCUCAUCUGAGGUGUUAAUGGGGAUAAUCUGUUUUAUCACAACCCUGUCAAGUCAUUUAGACUGAAAGACAGGGGCUGCCAAGGCCAGGCCUGGUGCUUCCCAGGACAGCGAGGAUUUGAACUCAGAUCUUUCCAGCUCAGAGGCUGUUGGCCUCAGUUCUCAUCUCACGGGCUGUGUGAGUGUAUACUUUGCCCGUUGCAGACUUCCACUUAUGUUCUGGCGUGCCAUGGCUUCCUUGGAGCAGCUUGCUAUGGAGAGUGUCCGCUGGGCCUUUGCCUAUUCCUCCUGGGGCCCCUGCCGUGAGGACUGGCUGCUGGCCAUGCGCCUGGUUCAGCCAGAAGAGAAGGAGCGCAUUGGACAGUUUGUCUUUGCCCGCGAUGCCAAGGCUGCUAUGGCAGGUCGUCUGCUGAUGAGGAAAUUAAUUGUUGAAAAACUGAACAUUCCUUGGAAUGUGAUAGUGUUAGAAAGGACUUCAAAAGGCAAACCUGUCCUUGCAAAUGACUUACGCGGCAUCCAUUCCCCGUUCAACUUCAACAUCUCUCAUCAAGGGAAUUUUGCCGUCCUUGCAGCUGAGCCCAACCGUCAAGUUGGCAUUGAUGUAAUGAAGACGAGCUUGCCAGGAAGUGGUUCGAUUCCUGACUUCUUCCGCAUUAUGAAGCGGCAGUUUACAGAAGAAGAGUGGAGGGCGAUCACGUCCAUGCGUAAUGAAUGGCUUCAGUUGGAGAUGUUUCAUAGACACUGGACAUUAAAAGAGAGCUUCAUAAAAGCCAUUGGAGUUGGAAUAGGUUUCGAUCUUCAAAGGAUUGAAUUUAAUGUCUCCCCGGCACAGCUGGAAGUAGGAAGGACCUAUAAUGAGACAAUUAUGCUUCUGGAUGGCGAAGAAGAAAAGGACUGGACUUUCGAGGAAACCAGGCUGGAUGAUUGCCAUCACGUUGCAGUCGCUCUGGGAAAACCAGAGGGUUUUAAAGAGCAGCAUGCUGAGGUGCCUCGUAAGGAUGUGACCCAGACUGCAUUCACAGUGCUGGCUUUUGAUGAUUUAGUGGCGUCUGCUGUUCCUCUCACACCUGAAGAUCCUGCCUGCUGGGAUAACUUUUGUUCUAGGCAGGAUUCACCAGCCCGACAGAGUUCAAAUUCAAGAUAAGGUUGUUGACAAGAAAUGAAUUUGAGGGCACUGAAAGGCCACAUGCUGUGCCUUUACCAGCAGUCCAUUUGCAGGGGGCUGUAUACGUGGAAGGAGGGGAUGGGUUUGCGUUUAACUCUUCAUCUUUUUUUCUAUAUGAAGUGACCACUUUUUUGUUCAUUUUCUUGGAUUCAUUCUCAGAUUUUGCCUAGGUUUUCCUGUUCCUUUAGCUGAUUAAUGGCUUAGAUCGCACAGUAAAUAUCUGCUAAUGCAAGGGGUGAGGUGAUUUUUUUGGCCCCUCUCCCCCACUUCUCCCUGCAGAUCUUCAGUUCACCCCUUGUGCUGUUCCUUUCCCCUCACGGGUAGUGUUUUAGGGAGCAUUUCAGGCUGCAGCAGGAGCAGGGAGAUGGAGGAAGUCCAGUUCUGCUGAUGCGAAUGCCUUCCGUGAGCAAAGAUUUACCACAGGAUCCAAACUAUCAGCCUUCUGGGUUCCUUUGCAUGACGGAACACUCAGUGCAACCUUCCCCUCUGCUCCUGACCUCCUGUGGUGUUGAGCACAAAGGUUUGCCACCUAGGAUUCUACAUACAAUCAUGCAUCUGAAGAAUCUCUUCCCACCUAUAUGCAUCUUUGAAGACAAAAAUUGCACUAGUGAUGUCAUCAAAUAUCUUUGCAUUACCCAUGAAGCACCUAUGUCAUGUCAUAGGAAAUGGAAGGCUGGGGUAGAGGUGCACAUACCAUGGGAAUGGACCCAUUGGCUCAUUGACAUGUAUGGGGCCUUUUUUCUCAUGAAAUGUAAUUUGCUUUUGAUGGCUUUCAGUUGUACCUCCAGUCAUUGCCUACACAAAACGUCCUCAGCUACUAGUGAACAAGGAGGAGAAAACUUAGCUGUUGUUGUUGUUUUCCAUAUCUGAAAUAAUAAUGGGUCUUUGAGGGAGCCUCCAAAGCAGAAAUAAAAAGAACUAAUAAUAGUACUAUAUGUGUACUUGCCUUGAAUCACUGGUGGGGUGUAAAUAUUUUAAUAAAUAAACUGCUCAGCAGGGCUCUGUGUUUGCAUAAUGGUACUGGAGUUUUUAAAAAGACUCUAGCAAAUGUAUUUAUUGAAGAGGACAAAAAAUUAUCUGUAUAAAUCCCAGCCAAACAGUUGCAAGGAAUAUAUACUUCCUAACCCUAACAGCAUUUGGAUAAUGAAACUGGCCGCCUGGCCUAGCUCUGAAAUCUCCUUCCCUGGAAAGUAGAGAAAAAGUGCCUGUGUUUGCAGAGGUAAGAUGGUUUUAAGUCUAGGAAAUAUUUGUUUUUAUUUACAAUACUUAAAGCCUACUUUUCAAUUUAUUUAAAUCCACCAGGAAGCUUCUAAAAUUUAAAAAAGUGGAUCGUGACCAAUAAAGUUCCAAAUUGUACAGUGGUAGAAUAGCCCCUGUGAGAUUUUUUUGAUCUCAUUCCUAAUGAAGCACGUUGGUUUCUUGGGGUAGUAAACUUCUGGCAGUAGUCCGGCUGUUGCUAAGACGUGCAUAACGACAACAACUGACAAGGUCAUCCUUUUUCAGAAAGACCAACUGAAGUUAGUGAAAAGUACUUCAAACUACAGGCACCAAUUGUGCAUUUGUAAGAAGUGUGGAAUCUAACACACGCAAACCCAAAUUGUGAAUCUGAUCUUGUAAGAGGAUAUCGAUCAAUUAACAUCUCCACAGUCCAUCUGGUCAGCCACUAACAGUCUUGUUUGCUUUAUGUUUCAGUAUGUUAAUAGCACUGAUUAGCCCAAGCUUAUCAGCGCUUGGAAGCUAAGCAAGGUUGGCAAGGGUUAGUGGUUGGAUGGGAGACUACCAAGGAAGAUGAGGGUUGCUAUGCAGAGGAAGGUAAUGGCAAACCACCUCUGUUCAUAUCUUGCCUUGAAAAUCCCAUGAGGAGUGUCCAUGAGUCAGUUGCAACUUGACAGCACUUAAUGAAUGCCCCUUCAUCUUGUUACCAACUCCAGGCACCAAUCCAGAACCUGUAUAGCAUCACCCCAAUUAAAUAGUUCAGUGGCAUGUGUAAAUCACACUGAAGUCCAGUCCUCUAUGCAUCACACAGAGGUUACGUAGGAUUUGAGGGGAAAUAAAGCCUUGCAGCAUUCUGUUUCAUAAAGGAUGUGCUGCAAAGCAGAAGUCCCCAGGUCCUUGUUUUGGAGUCAGCCUCUUAGUAGCAGAACCAAUGAUGUUCCAAUUCCAAGUAAUCAAAAAGGGCGUCCUCGUUAAUGCAACAAAAACCACUGAGAAAGAUGUCCAGGUCAUGUUUCUUCUUACAUCGCAAUACAGCUCAUGCAUCAGGUUGACCAAGGUAGUUUCAGUCCCAAAACCAGGUUGGAAGCAUGACUGAAAUGGAUGUUGACUAUUUACAUCAUGCAGGAACGCGAUGGAAAUAGAUAGCAAUGAUUUGAUCUGGGUCUCCAUUACCUGCUUACCCCCAAAGAGGGUAUUAUGAACCCUUAAUUUAGCCAUAUUGCGGGGAGGCGGUUUAAAUGUCCCUGCAUGCAGGAUGAAAAAGUUUUGCAGGCUGACAUGGUAGUUCACAUGCCCUUGGUCUAGAGUUAAUCUCCAUUCUAGUCAUCAUCUUAACGGCUUCGUUGCUUCCAGUUCUGUGAUAUAUCUGGGAGGCAGUUUGGCUCCAGUCAGUGGGAAAGGGUGUCUAGGAACAAUUUUGUCUAUUGUCCAGGUUGUUCUUAUAUUCCAGAAAUCAACCAAGGUAUCAACUGGAGCCACAGUAAUGUCAGCCCAUGGAAGCCUUCUAGUUUCCCCAGUUUCCAAUGAUGGAUCCUCAGAAUUGAUCCGCCACACAGCAAAGGUUUUAGGAACAGUGUGUAAGCCAAACCAGGUAGUGAUGUGACCAUGACUAGGGUACUUUUGAUACUUCUCUCUGCACCCAGAUCAUCGUCCAUUUGUGUGCCCCAAAGUACCAGACCCAGAGUGUGAUCUGCUAUGUGCGUAAUUACCAUGAUUUUCUGGGUUUUCAUGGUUGUCAUAGCAGCCAUUAUGUCUUGAGAGGUUCCAGUUAAGACAGACUCAGCGUGAUUGAAACACUCACUGUUUCUUAAUAACACCAUGUAGAUUAUUGAUGACUCAGAGUAAACACAUUAAACUGUUUAAAGUUCCAUGUGGAAGAUUG